AUGGCCUCAUCCAUCGGCUCCUCGUUCAAUCCCAACAUCCCCGUCCUUCGCGUCUAUAACUGGAACCGAUGGAGUCAAUUCUGGAAGAGCAAGCUUGAAAUCUACCAACUCUGGCAAUAUGUCGACCCAUCGUCCGACUCCGUUGUGGACGAAUCUGAAAACCCAAGAGAGUACAGGGCUCUUUGCGACAUUGCAUCUUCGAUGAUGGACUACAUGGACGCAACCUGUCAAGCGCGGAUUAACUCGGCUGAUAGACAACGGCUUCAUGGAGCAGGGGCAGUACGUGAAAUGUGGAAGAUACUUCGCGAUAGCUGCGAUAUUCUAUCAAGAAAAUAUGAGACUCAAGUAGUCGAUAAAUUCCAUAAAGAAGGCUGGAGAAGUGAUGAUACCCUCGCGACAUUCACACAUCGAAUGCGAGGCUAUUGGAAUGAAAUGGCUGGAGCAGAUGAAUGUCCCAGCGGUGAAGGAGCUGUGGUAACUCUGAUAACCAUGCUACCUGAUAAAUAUUCCUUUCUACAACAACGAUUGAUGAGAGAGCGUCGUUUCGACUUUUUAGAUGCCACCGACCUCUGUCUCGUUAUGGCAGCGAACGAAGAGCCGAUGGGUAUCCUAUCUCUUAACGAUGGUACGGCAGGACGCCCACAAAAGAGGCCACGCGGUUUGGAGAGCACUUCAUAA